GAAGGGCGUUUUGGUAAAUAAAGAGGGUGUGUUUGGAAAAUUAUGGAAAAUAUAAAUCGCGUAACCAUUAAGCAUUUCUGGUAAAGUUCGAUCGAGAUAAACCUCGAGACUCAAACCAAAGCUCAAACACCAUCAUUCAUCAUGGUUUCAUCCAACAAGGAUUCCCGAGAGGAAGUUCUUCAAGCUUGGUAUAUGGAUGAUAGCAAGGAAGAUCAAAGACUUCCCCAUCACAAAGAACCGAAGGAGUUUGUCUCGUUGGAUCAACUUGCUGAACUUGGAGUCCUUAGCUGGAAAUUGGAUGCCGAUAACCCGGAAACAGAUCCAGAGCUGAAAAAGAUUCGUGAAGAACGUGGUUACUCUUACAUGGAUGUUUGUGAGGUCUGCCCAGAAAAGUUGCCAAAUUAUGAAGAGAAGAUCAAGAACUUCUUUGAAGAGCAUCUGCACACUGAUGAGGAGAUCCGUUACUGUGUUGCUGGAAGUGGUUACUUUGAUGUCAGGGAUCGCAAUGAGGCUUGGAUUCGUGUAUGGGUGAAGAAAGGAGGAAUGAUCAUUUUACCUGCUGGAAUUUAUCACCGCUUUACAUUGGAUGAGAGCAAUUAUAUUAAGGCAUUGCGAUUUUUUGUUGGUGAACCAAUUUGGACUCCAUACAAUCGCCCACAUGAUCAUCUUCCUGCUAGAGGGCAAUAUAUCAAGACUUUUGUGGAGAAGGAUGUUGCUAGCCAUGCUGUUGACGCCACUGCUUAAGAUUGAUUCUGCCUGAUUGUAGCAUGGGAUAAAAAGGACCAAGGCUUUGAUACUUUAACCAAGUUUGAGAAAUAAAUAAUGAUCUGUAAAACAAAGAAAGAAACCCGUUCUUUUAUGUUGUGGUAUGCAAGUUACCCUUUGAACCCUCAAUGUUAUAUAUAUAUAUAUAUAUAUCCAUGCCAUUGUGUUUGUUGCCUGUGUUGUAAAAUAAUUGUAUUUGCAAUAUUGUUAUCAGAAUUGCAGACAGAAUAAAACAUAUACAUCAAUAGACUGUUAAUGUUUUCUAAUUCGAGUUUUUUGGUCAA